AUGAGUGAAUUAGCAGCAGAUGAUCAGCCAGCAUUUAUAAUUAAUUUAGGGGAUAAUUUUUAUAUGAAUGGGGUAAAAAAUAUUAAUGAUGAACGUUUUCAAAAAACAUUCGAAGAUGUUUAUGAAGAAAAAACACUUGGUGUUCCUUGGUUUUCAAUUCCUGGUAAUCACGAUUAUCAUGGAAAUAUACAAGCCGAAAUUGAUUAUACAAAUAGGAGUACUAGAUGGACAUUCCCUGGUAAAAAUGCUAAUGAACCUUGGUAUAAAAUUAGAUAUGAAUUUGGAGCUAAAAAAUUAAAAACAACAAUUUCCCUCGAUUUUCUUAUGAUUGAUACUGUUCAACUUUGUGGUAUGACAGAAGAUGUUGUUGGCGAUAGAAUAAUAAAUUGGGUGUUUAGUGAAUCAAGAAAUAGCAAUCCACAUACACCAAUUCCAGAUAAAGAAUCUUUUGCUGGACAACAAAAAGAUUGGAUUAUUGGGGAAUUAAAUAAAUAUAUAAGUUCUCCUUCAAGUGCAACAUAUGUUUUUGUUGCUGGACAUUAUCCAAUAUAUUCAGUUGGUAGACAUGGUUCAUUUUAUGAAUGUUUAAAAGAUCUGGAUUUAAAAAUGAAAGAAGCUAAAAUUUCUGCUUAUUUAAGUGGACAUGACCAUAAUUUGCAACAUUUAAUUGUUGAAAAUGAUAAUAAAAUUUUAAAUUAUAUUGUUUCUGGUGCUGGAGCAGCAACUGAUAGAAGUCAGCAUCAUUGGGAUGAAUUUAGUAAAAAUGAAGGAGCUAAAGUUUUAGUACAUUACCCAGCAGAACAUUGGUGGUGGAAAGCAGAUGAAUGGUUUAGUAUGUCAACUGGUGGCUUUAUUCAAGCAAAAGUUAAAAAAGAUGAAUUAAUUCUUUCCUUUUAUUCUGGGAAAGGUUCAGUAUGUUUGGGAAAUAUUCCAGUAAUUGGAAAAUGGUUGGGAGGUUCAAGUGGCCCUCAAAAUGCAAAUUGUAAAACUUUAAUUCACCAAACAAAACUAUGUCCAUUACAAAAUUCUGAAGAUUGUAUUAAUAAACAAAAAGAAGAAAAAGCUCAAAGUAAAGCUGGUUGGCUAUUUAAUGGAAAAAAUUUAUGGUGUCUUUAUUUAUGUUGA